GCAGGUGCCCGGAAGAAGAGGGUGGCUCCUCGUUCGUCGCCAUCCCCUUUCGUUGGAACAACAGUGAGAAGCAGCCGCAUUUAUUAAAAAUAAUAACAUGCAUUAUAAGUUAAAUAAAAGAACCAUCUAGCUGGGGGGACGUCACCGGCAGGACGUCCCCCGGAAGGUCGUUAGUCUGUUCCAUGUAUAAGGGCGGGCGCCCAGUGUAUUAGUAGGAUACCUCCAGCAAGGCAAGUCGCCCGAUGGCUUUUGUUCGGCUUCCGCUAACUUGAACGGACCUACAUACAGAGGCACUUCGUUGAAAUUCCGCGCCGCGAGGUAAGGUUUCGAUAUCGGACCGUGACGCGCGGGGUAAAAUUCAAAAGACAAGUCGCAUGAUUUCUUGGGAAAAACGGCGUUUUCCUUCUACAGUACUUUAUUAUCAUCGUAGGGCAACUGUUCACUGCUUUUGCCUCGUUCCGGUAAAUAGUUGGGAUUUGGGGUUUCCUCGCAAGUAGACAGUGGCCAGGAAUUGGCUGUUUACUCACACCACGAGGGUUUCAGUAGAGUAGCGGACGGCAUCGAAGGAGGAUCGCGGAUCGAAUUGAAAAAAAAAUCCAUCAAACUGGGGAACUGCAUCGAAAGUGUAACCGUGAUCCAGUCCAAGUUCGGCAAGCACUGGCUGCUUUGAUUAAUUGCCAUUUAGUGCGCAAUCGGAAGUGUUGAUUAAAUUAGGAAGUUCCGAUUUUCCCGAUUAAUCCUAUUAAAAGAAUUAUUCCUCCCAGACACGGCUCGAUGACCCCGGUCCUGUACUAUUUGCCACCCUCGCCGCCCUGCCGUUCGGUGCUGCUCCUGGCCCGAAUGAUUGGAGUCGAGCUGGACCUGAAGGUGCUGAACGUGAUGGAGGGCGAACAGCUGCGGCAGGAUUUUAUCGAGCUCAAUCCGCAGCAUACGGUACCGACGCUCGACGACCACGGGCUGGUACUGUGGGAAAGUCGCGUUAUUCUAUCUUACCUAGUAUCGGCUUACGGUAAAGACGAAAACCUUUACCCAAAAGAUUUCCGUUCCCGAGCGAUCGUAGACCAGCGGCUCCAUUUCGAUCUGGGGACUCUCUACCAGAGGGUUUAUGAGUACUUUUUCCCCACCAUCCAGAUGGGUGCCCACCUGGACCAAACGAAGAAAGCCAAACUGGCCGAAGCCAUCGGAUGGUUCGAGGCCAUGCUCAAACAGUACACGUGGGCGGCGGCCAAUCACUUCACGAUCGCAGACAUUGCCCUGUGCGUGACCGUGUCCCAGAUCGAGGCCUUUGGCUUCGAAAUGCAACCCUACCCGAAGGUGCGAGCCUGGCUGCUCCGGUGCAAGGAAGAGCUGGAACCGUACGGCUAUCAGGACAUCAACCAAACGGGAGCCGAAACGUUGGCCGGAUUGUUUCGAUCAAAACUGAAACAGUAAAAUACUCUAGGAUUAACAAGCAAAUGACCAAAUAUCGAUAUUGUUUCAAACAUUACUACAACAGCAAAAAUAGAGUAAAUUUAUUUUUAGUGUAGUUUUAGUGCAAAUUUGAGUUGUAUUGUUCGGUUAUUAAGAGAUGCAUUAAAAUUCAAUGACCAACUCACCAAGGCAAGAAUAAGAAUUUAUUAAUGUUGGCGAUUUUGAUACGAUGCACGAUUCUAAAUUUUUAAAUUCAUUUUUUUCUGAUAUUGCUUCUUAUUUUAUGAAAAAUGAGAAAAUAGUUCAUAAAAGUACUUUACUGUUUGUAGAUGUAUUAAGAAAUUUGUACCUACUGUAUAAAAGUUCAAAUCAGUGUAGUGACACCUCGCAGAGUA